AUGGCGGGGCGAGUUGUGCGACCAAUGCACGCCGUAUCCUGGAUGCAAGCAUGGCUAUUGCAACGCAUCGCCCUGGCAAUGCAUCUGCGACACGAACUGGGGAGGCAUACUAUUGGACCAAUAAUGGCGGGCCAGGGGCAGCCCAAGCUGUUGGAAUUUCCCAACAAAAGGAGCGGUGAGACGGGACAUCUGAUUGGCCAAUGGAAGCGAGUCAAAUUAAAUCCCACCAUUCCUAAAAUCGGAACAGCUUAG